GUCUACCUUCCAAAUUUAAUGCUCUAAAAUAAAAUCUCUUCCCUCUCUCUCUCUCUCUCAAGAAGACUCUGUUUCUCUCUCUUCACAAAUUCUCUCUCUAAAUCGCUAGGGUUUCUUUUUCUUUACUUGAAAUCUUCAAGAGCGACCUUCACUGAGACAAGAGAUUUGGGGAAUUCAAUAGAUUCAAUUAUUUUUGUUUUUGGAGUUUGGACUUAGCUGAGUGGAGGAAGCAACUUUAUCUUCAUACCAUGUGAUGGAGAGACUCUGAUUUGAGGUAGUGAUUUCCUUUGAUAUACAUGUUACGCUUCACACUGUGACUGAAGAUUGAUACUGAAGGUGACAGUGAUGAUGAGGAUGAUUUUGAAGGCUGUUGAUCUCGCGUGAUAAUAAUCUAAUUUAUGUGGCAAUCUAACUUGUGAAGAGUCAUCUGCGAAUUAACUUUUUUUUUUUUUAAAUAAAUGCGAAUUUAUAUGCAUUUUAAGCAGAUGGGUUAAUGGUUGGUAGUUUGAAAUUUUUGGACAAAUGGCUAUCGCUGGUCUACACAAUGUUUCUGUACUUGAUUCUUCAUUUCUUAGGGAAUCUCAGUCAGAAGCUGCUACAAGACGGGGUGAUGAUGGGAGGGCUAGCACCCGGCCGUCAUCAAUCCUGCGAAUGUGGCGGGAGCUUGAGGAUGAGCAUGUGGUGAGUCAUCCCCGAGGGAGGAUUGGUGGAAGAGUGCUCCAACUUAGAAGUGAUGGAUUGAGUUCUGACCUUUCAAGGGUGGACUUGUCUGACAGCCAUGGUAGUGAGCAUAGUGGCACUUCGGAGGAUGCGAGUAUGAGUGAAAAUGACUAUGGACAAUGGUCCCCAGGUCCAAUUGGAUCAGAAGAUUCUUCUGAUCUUGGGGAGAUUGAAAGGGAAAGGGUCAGGCAGAUUUUUCGGGACUGGAUGAAUUGUGCUGCAAGAGAACGCACAUCUAAUAAUUCCCGGAGGAUCAAUACUUCUAGAGCAGAAUGGCUUGGUGAAACUGAGCAGGAGAGGGUAAGAAUUAUAAGGGAGUGGGUACAAAUGAACAGUCGGCAAAGAGGCUCUUGUGUUCAUCGUAGAGAAGAUCAUGGUGCUGAAGUCGUGGGUCAAAUUGAGCAGGUCCUUGAUGGAUCAGUUGUUAACCAUAACGAAGGCCAAAAUGAGCUUACUAGGAGAGGCAUUCGUCGGUUAUGUGGCAGACAGGCUCUGGUUGAUAUGCUUAAGAAGGCUGAGAUAGAGAGGCGGCAAGAGCUGCAAGGUCUGUUGGAGCAUCGGGCUGUAUCACUAUUUGCUCAUCGCAACCGCAUUCAGGCAUUACUUAGAGGUAGGUUCUUGCGAAAUGACAGAAUAGUUGAAGUUCAGAGACCUGCAUCCACAGCUGCAAGUGAAUUGGGUUUACUGAGACAAAGACAUACAGUAUCAGAUUUGAGGGAAGGGUUUUUCUCCAGAUUGGACCACUCUGUUGGUCAAGCAAGCAGCAGCACCUCUGAUACCUCAUCCAACACUGACAUUAAUGGUAACGGAAGUGAACAGACCCAAGCAAAUAAUUCAAAACAGGAUGUAGAUGAUUUUCAUGAAGAAACUGAGUCAAAUAUUGAUGAAAGUGAUAACUAUGAGUUAUCAGGUGAUAGAACUGAUAUAGGAAGUAGCAUUAUUGAAGAUAGAAGUUCGCAGGAUCCUACUUCUUAUUCUGAAGAGGGGUCAAGACAAGUAUCAGAGAAUGGAAUAAGAGGCCGGCUACAGUCCAUGAAUUCAGAAUUUUUUGAAAGGGGAGAUGGAACUGGAGAAGAGGUGAAUGAAAACCGGGGAGAAGAUACCAAUGUAAUUGAAGCUGAAGAGCAUAUCUUUCUGCUGUCAACCAGUGAAGCAUUGUCUCAACAGUUUGAGGCUGAUGGGGAAGAAAGUUCCGCACAUACCUUAUCCAAUCAAAUGGAUGAUUUGGAAAGCAAUGUGGUUGAAGAUUUAAAUCAGCAUGAUUCUGCUGCGCAAGUAGAACAGUGGCAGAGUCAAGUUUUGAGAAAUGAAGGUAGAGGCUUGUUUGGAGAUAAUCUUGGAUCUGAUGAAUGGAGAGAAAGCGAUCAAGACAACAUAGAUGGACAUCAUCAUGAAACCAAUGCCAAUGGAUGGUUGGAACAUGAUGACAGAGAAGAAGUGUCUGAAGUGUGGCAUGAAGAUGGUUGGUUAGAAGAGCCUUCUGAAGGAGAAGCUGUUCCUGUUGGAAGGAUGGAUCCCUUUUAUUUUCCUGAUGAUGAUAAUGUGUACAGUACGGAACUCAGGGAGCUCCUAAGUAGGAGGAGUGUUUCUACUCUUCUUCGUAGUGGUUUUCGUGAGAGCCUUGACCAAUUGAUACGAUCAUAUGUGGAAAGGCAAGGUCAUGCUCCUCUUGAUUGGGAGCUGGAAGGAACAUCUGCCACUCCUGUGUCGGCAGAACAAGAACCGGAGCAGCAGAGUAGGGAUCAGAAUGAAGGCCAGGAAGAUUCUGUUCAGAGUACUCCAUUGGCUCUACCUUCCCCCCCAAUUCCCCCAGUUCAGCAGCUGUGGGAUCAGGAGUCGCAGCAUUUUAUUUGGCCACAGCAUGACAUGCAUCAGCGCUUUGGAAUCGACUGGGACAUCAUUAAUGAUCUGAGAAUUGACAUGGCUAGACUACAGCAAAGGAUGACUAACAUGCAGAGGAUGCUGGAAGCCUGUAUGGAUAUGCAACUUGAGUUGCAAAGGUCAAUAAGACAAGAGGUUUCGGCUGCCCUUAUUAGGUCAUCCGGUUCAGCAGAGAUUUCUGAAAACGGUUUGCCAGAGGAUACAUCCAAAUGGGAUCAUGUGAGAAAAGGGAUUUGCUGUAUAUGUUCUGAUAGCAAUAUAGAUUCUUUGCUGUACAGAUGUGGGCACAUGUGCACAUGUUCAAAAUGUGCAAAUGAGUUGGUCCAAAAAGGAGAAAAGUGUCCAAUGUGCAAGGCACCUGUAAUUGAGGUGAUCCGUGCUUACUCCAUCUUAUAAUAUGAUGUUUAUUAAGAAAUAGAUGGAGGAACACCAAAACGAUACAAAAGCAAUUUGGAUUAACAAUAUCAGGAUUGUCAGUUCUUGCCCCUGGAUCCUGCCAGGUAUUUAUUUCUUCAUGCCAUGAUUUGAUGAUAUUGAUUGUAUGAUGGACUAAACAUUUGGCUUCUUAGAUUCAUCAUCUUGAUGUGAAUAAAAGAUAUCGAGUGGAAAAAUCAUAUUAUUAGUAUUAGUGUGAGAAAGUUUUUGAAGGCAACUUUUCUCUUAGAUGCUGUACAAAGUAUAUGACUUAACUCAUUUCUGAUUCCAAAAAACCCCUUAAUUCAAGUGGGGCAUAUAUCAUGCACUUUUGAACGCCCCUGUAAAGGAGGAUCUUUUGUACAAAUUGCUACAUUUGUUGAUUCUUAUAAUGUCUUGUAUC